UCUUUGCUCACAAGACGCUAACAACGCCCUGCUCUAAAGCCUGUCUCCCUGUCAGACACGAGACCACAGAUUUCUCCACGACUUCCCUUCAGCCCUCGUCAUCUGCGACAUCCCAAAAUAACAGAGUAUGUUGACAAACUACCCUGCCUUCUCCAACACCUCUUCACACCUCUCUUCUCCAACUGUUUUUGACCGCCUGCGAUACUGCUGGAGCACAAGACCCGGUACUUUAAACAUCACUCUUCUCGCCGUUUUGAACAACCUCAUCCUCCUACCUCUUUGCAUCUCCGUAAUCCACGUGGGUCUGACGCGAUGGCGGCGGCAAAGGACGCCGUCGAGUCACUGCGACAUCUUCACCUACCAUAUGGUCAUAGUGGAACUGAUGAAUGUCUCGGGGUCUACACUCAGCUGUAUCAGCGCCCACACGGAUAGCGCUGCGGUGGGGGCUGUGGGUACCUACCUAUUUGCUAACGUGUUUUCUGGACAGAUGCUGUUUCACAUCCUGACUUGUGCGGAGCGAUAUCUGGCUGUAGUUCACCCCGUCACCUACCUAGGCCUGAAGAGCGCAAAAGGCAUCAGACUGAGAAACAUCGUCAUCGGGUGUGUCUGGCUGACCUGCCUCAUUGGAAUGGGCUACCUGUCGUUACCAGAUGAAAGAAUUCUCAAUCUUUUCUCAUUUUCUAUGGUACCGAUUGCUGUAGUUUGUAUCUCCUUCUGCAGCAUCUCCGUUCUUUGUGUUUUGAUGCGUCCUGGGCCUUGCAAAAGAGGGGGGAUCCCAGAGCAGGUUGACCAGUCCAAGAUCAGGGCAUUUCAUACCAUCAGCGUCAUACUAUCGGUUCUCUUGAUGCGAUUUGGGGGUCAUAUUUGUUUGAAAGCUCUGUAUGGCCAUACGAGUCAUGGCUUCAGUUGUGCAAUUGUGCUGGCCGAAUCCUGGUUCUGCCUUCCGAGCAGCUUGGUGCUACCUUUGUUGUUUCUACACAGAGCAAGAAAAAGACCACAUUGCAGGGACAACAAAUAAAUCCGCACGAGGAUCAAGCCAGAUUUUUGGCAGGGAUUUUUGAAUCCGCUACCUCUGGAUUCCACUUAAAUGCAGAUUGUUUUUGAUGAGCUAACGUUUCCGCAGAUCUGGUUUAAUGGAAUGUGACAUGUCGGAUAUUAAAUCAGACUAUUUAUCGGUGUGUUGAAGAAUCCAGAUGAAACAACAACAAAAAGCAGGUCAACUGCACUGACAUUGGGGACAGGACUUAGUGAAAGUUUGACGUUUGGGUUUCUUCUGUGUGCCUUGUUGUUCAAAUGAUUUACUGUGUUAAUCUUUCCUGAUUUAUUAACUUAUUUAACUUGCAUAUCAAAUUCAGAUUGUGACUGAAAUAAACAUAAAUUUAUGUUUAUGUAUGUACGCAUACAUAAACACCAAAUUUUCCAUCUUGUCUUUAUUUUUUAAUACUGAUAUUGUUUCAAUCUUAAUUAGUUUUUACCAUUUGUUUUUUUCAAAGUAAAUAAUUUCUAUUGAUAUCUUGAGUUGAGUUCAAAUUCUCCCACUACAAGGUUUAAAAGGCAAAGAAAAAGAUGGAACUAGAGAGCAAAAUGCAAAGAUAAACAUAACAUAGAAUAAUGUAAAAGUAUAUUUAAUAGUUAAAUAACAUAUCAUGUUAUGUGAUAAUACCGCACAACUACAUUGUAAGUGGAUGUACAGCA